AUGAGUAACAACACUCCUCUGUCCCCUUCGCCAUUUGGUAGGGAGUCGUCUGACGUCAUUCUCCAACGUCUGUCAGCGAGCCGACCCUCUGAGUCAUGCCGUUUUGCCUACUCUUUUGCUUAUAGCAGAAUAUCGAGACUCGGCAAGAGUUGUGCAAUGAUGGGUCUGCAGGCCACGGCAGGGAAACGUAAACUGGAGGGAGGUGUGGGCUGCAUGGAGUUCGACAUGGAUAUGGGCGAAAGCCCAUCGAAGUUAGGCCGAGUGGAGGGUAGCUGGUGGGCGAUGGAGGAUAGUUACACGCCCCCGCUUACAACACCGGCUUCUUAUUACGAUAUGGAAGUGAGUCCGCCUUGCCUGCAGACAAAUCCUUGUCAACCAACAUCGACGAGUCCUCAACAACAGCAACAACAGCAACAUCAAACGGCGCAGCAACAACAGCAACAAUCAUCGACGCCAACGUCAGCGCCUCCACCGUCUACGGUGGCGCACCUACACCAUCAUCCGCAGCACUACUAUCACCAUCAACGCGGACCUACUAGUCCGGUCGGUAAUAAUGGUUACAGUCAACUGUCGAGGCCUCAGCCGCAAUGGGGAGCGCCUCAUCAUUAUGAACCUCCAACGAUACGGCGAGAAGAAAACGGAAAAAGUUACUUGGAGCUUGGAUCUAGUUAUCGAGCAAAUGAUAGAUGCUGCGAAGGUUCGAGGUCAAGUUGGUGUCGACGUGGCAGAGCGUGUUACAGACAAAGGCGACUAGCCGUAUUAAAUAUUUCGAUGUGCAAGCUGGCGAGGUAUCGCCAAUUUCCGGAUCCGAGCCUUCAUCGAUCGGUUCUCAUCUGCAAUACAUUGAGGCAUCUAGAACGCGAGAUGGAGAGGGACAGAAGUCCACCGCCCAUGGAGCCAGUUAUACCAGCACCCAUUGCUCAACUUCAACCUCCUGAGCAGGGCAGGUUAACGCCAUUUCCAAUGCCACCAACGUCUUCAAACGAGACAGACGUCGAUUCUGGUAUCGGUGAUAGCGAUGAUAGUCGUUCGAUUAACUGGGGCAGUGUGCUAUCUCUUUCGAGUCAGUCGCCCUUAGAUCCACUAAACAACAACGAGUUACUGGAUGUCGAUAUUGGUCCGGAUCUAGAUUUAGACUUCAUGCCUGGAUGGAAACUGACACCUCUGUCUGCGGACGAUAUUCUUAGGAGUACAACGGCGCAAGAACAGCAACAUCAGCAACACCAUCAUCAUCAGCAACAGCAACAGCAGCAUCUGGUGUCGACCAGCGGUAGCUGUGCCAAUAGCAAUGUGGCCAGUGCCUGCGUUAGUACUGGAAGUAGCAGUAGUACGCACGAAUCGUUAAUGUGCGUUGGAUCAUAGCCCCCAAUUUUGACAUCGUUGAGUCAUCUCAUCGAUUUUUACCCACUGAUGCCGCAGAGCAAAUAAGUAUGCGGCAUUUACAAAGAACCACAAAUCAAGAUGUAGAGACGAUGCAGUCGCCCGCCUCACGAAUUAUUUGCAACGCCUGGUCGGCGAUUCUCCAGGAGGUCUUCUUUUUCUUAUUUAUUACCAUUCGUGUCAAUUACGCACCGAUCGAUUAUCUCGGUUACGUUCUACUUCGUAUUACACCGGUAACCAGCAUGGGUGGUCUACUCCUUAUGGGCGAGGAGGUAUGAGACGUGAUACCUCCUGUGUUCGCAGGUGCAACUGGUGCAGAAUUCAUGGCCCAUUGGAAAUAUUUAAAAUUCAAAGGAAAUAGAGGUGAUUACAAUUUUUAAACCGACGAGUACCUAAACUCACGUUGUUUCAAUGAUAUUUAUUAACUAAUAAUUUAAUAUUUUAUACUUUGUUAUUAUAAUUAGAUUUAAAAAUUAUUUACUACCGAUUUAAUAGAAAUUAUUUAAAUCUUUUUAUUAUACAUAUAUAUAUAUAUAUAAACACAUAAUAUAUAAUAUAUAUAUAUGUAUAUGUGUGUGUGUAAGAAAUAUAUUUUCACAUUCGAAUGAAUUAUAAUUUUUAGUUAACGAACAACGCGAGAUCGGGUCCUCCUCCGGAUCAUCAUCAGCGACCACCUCAAAACGAGCCUGGUUAUACUAUAUCGAAACGAUCUGUUUUUGCAGCUGCACCUGCGAAUUCAGCGGCACAUGUAUGAGUUCCCGAGUCGCUCGAAAUGUCGCCACCGGCACGUCAGACAGAAAGAAAUAGAAUGAGAGAAUGAAAAAAGAGGGAGAAAAGGGGGGGAAGAGAGCGAGAGAAAUAGAGUGAGAGAGCGACAGGGAAAAAAGAGAGAAAGUGAAAAGAGCUCAAUGUUCACGCCCCCGGGCCGGCGAUACGGUAGGACAAGUAAAGGACCUAUGUAGCCUUCUUCUUCGACUCUUUAAAACAACGAUGACAAACGGCACGGUACUUCGACAGACUGGAAAAAAAAAAUCUCUUCUUCUUUCUACAUUUCUUGGUUUUCUUUAAAUUUUCUUAAUUCUUUUAUUCUUUCCUUUUUUUUUUUGUAAUUGAUUCGAACAGCGCGAUAUCGCUUGCCUAGCUGGCUGGACGUUGAGAACUCUUGGCGUCGUUUGCGACAGCCAAUCGAAAAGGGAGUGUCCAUCAUCAUCGAUCGCUGUUUUCUCUUUGGAUUAGAAAGACUAUCCAGGCGACGAUUAAUUAAUGCCAUACACUGUAACACACUAACGAUACAUUACACGCGUAAGACAUAACCGCCGUGGCCUAUACCGUACACUGAUAAAUACAUACACAUACACACGCGCGUAUACACCCACGUAUAAAUAUACAUACAUAUGUAUAUGUACAUCAGACAGAUAUACAGGUUCGUACACAGAAAAGUCGAUAUAUGGUGCUAGGACGAUCACACCCUGGUGCUUAAUUCUGUACACACAGAGCCAUGUGCGUAAAUUCGCACGGAUCGCCUGCAGCCUUCGUCGAGGAGUCUAGAUACGUCCUGACGUCGUGAACAGAACAUAGAUGGUCGAACAUAUUUCCAUUGUGUGAUAUCCGAUAUGAAGCGAAAUUAAUUAUAGUAGCAUCAAUAUCGUUCCUGGAUUCUCGAAGGCUUUCGACGAUUAUUAAGGGUAAUAUCAUAUGCCGAAUAGAUGGAGAUAUGUUAGUGAAAAUGCGUACUAUGUUCUGACGCACGAUGCUAACAAAUGUACCUGCAUUUUAGAGAUCGGGAUAAAUAUCGGUUCCUUCGUAUCAUCGCACGUAGGCCACUGCGCGCCACUGAUCUCCCGUUAAUAAUAUGUACCAUAAUACUAUUGUAAAAUAGAGUGGCCGACGAGCAAAGAACGAAGGGAGCCAAUAAUUCACUUGGGGUGUGGAACGGAGAGAUUAUUAAGAGAGAAGAAAAAAAAAAAGUAAUAAAAUAAAACUCGACGAUACGCACUUCGCGAAGAGGAAUGGCGAUCCGCGCGCGAUCUCGUCCUCAACGUCCACUAACUGAACUCAAAAGAGCAGCUAUACUUAAAUCGAAGUUAAGCGUUGUAAAGCGAAUUUAAAAACGAACGAUAAAGCGAUAUACAAUAAUUUAUAAAUCGACUGAUUACUUGUGUGAGGGAAUGAAAAAAGAUGGGGGAAAAAAGAAAAGGAAAAAACAAGAAAGAAAGAAACGAAAAAAGAAAACUCUACUGAUAACAUUUCACAAGUUGAUUUAAAACUGUAAUUAAUUCAAUAUUAAGCCGACAUUAUACACUGACACGAGACACAUACCAUACAAAAAAUCCAUUCGUGACAUGCGAUAUUUGUAUACAGGAAUACAAAGAACACGAAAUGUACAUGUUUAUACAUGAAAUACAUUAGAUACUUCGAUGUAUAUAGAUACACACUACGUAUUAAGUCUAAUAAUUGUUAACGCGAACUCAAGUGAAUUCUCGACAGUUUUCAUUUUUUCGUUCUUGUUUUCUAUUUUUUUUUCUCUUCUUUUUUUUUCAAUUGUUCUGUUAAAAAUUUUGAAUUUUCUAAUUUUCAUUCUAUUCGAUUGUCAUCUUAUAUUCGAUUCUUAUAUUGAUUUUACGCCACACUAAUCGUCUCAUCUCUAUUUCGUUCAUUAGUUCCUCUCUCAUUUUGUACAAAAAGAAAACAACGAGCAAUAUUACUUUAACGGUGCAGAAAAUCUAGGAAGAAAAAAAAAAAAAAUAAGUGUAUCGAUUUCGAAUGAUAUGUGAACUUUUUCAAACAUGUAAUGGGGACAAAUUUCUGUAUGUUAGACCAGUGCUCGAUUGAAAUAUAAAUGUGAGAACAUAGUGCAAAAUAUUACAAAAUAUUGAAAAAAAUAAUAGUAUGUAUGGAUCAACAGAAAUUUAAAUUUCAAUUGUCCAAUUUCAUUGAUUUUAAAGGAACAAUAAUAAUUUAUGAUCGAAGAUAUUCGAUAACGAAAUACAAAAAAAUAGGGAAAGAUGUUCUCAUUACGUUUUUCUAAGAUUGCAAAUCGUUCGAAUUCCAUGCACAAUUCUAUUCUACAACCGCAUGAAAAUGUUAAAACUCAACAGCACAUUUAUACACAGAACACACAUACAUACGCGCACGACGUUGUGUGAAAUUACAAUGCGCGCUCGAUAUGAAUGUACGGGGACGUUUUAGGAUGGUUCAAUGUUGUUUUCUUGCAUGGUGUACCAAUCAGAAACAGCGUGAGUUUUAAAGCACGUGGCACACAUACACGAGAUACACCAACGUAUGCUAGAUUGUUAAAGAAAUUCGUCCAUCGCGUUGAUGCAUCUCUCAAGUAUAUGCCUUUUCGUGUUUUACGAUCGCAGCGCUACCUCAUUGGCUUGGUGUUCUGUGUCGCGACACAAAUGCCUUAAGAUCCUUAAGAUUUCUCUUUCGAUACACGUUAAUACGUUAAAAAGUUCUGAGGAGUUAAUCAGAAAAUCAACACUAAUUGAUGUAUCGGAAUUUUAUUGAUAUGAAAAUAAAAAAAAUUACGAAUCACGAAGAAAUAUUCUGAUCUCUCGAUCAACAUUUUGUACAGAGUUUGAUCGACGAACGGAAUACCAAGCAAGUACGUUUGGAAACUAGACGCGAGACGGUAUACUCUCGCUUCUCGGGCAUGAAAAAGGAACUCUCGGAAGGUGAUAAAUAAUUUCGUAUUUUUUACACGGAAAUGUAGCUUCUCUGCGUUGAAACGUAUAUUAAAUACGCGUAUACACAUAUAUACACACGGUACCGACGGAGUGCCUGCGAUUUUCGAAGAUUUUAACGAACGUGGAGAAGAGGAGGCGCGAGCUAUACGUGGAUCACGAGAUGCAGGGAAAACGUAACCGUGCGAGAGAACGACGAAACGAGUUCUAUACGCGUGUGUUUCGACAAUUGCGCCUACGUGCGUGUUAAUGUUAACGUUUAAAAAAAAGAAAAC